CAGAUCGGAGCGGUUUAGCUGCUACACUAAACAGUCAUGGAGGAGACCAUGCCUUCAAGCUCGGAGCCGGAGAUGUUGGAGGAUCCUGAGGUUCCAGAGGAGCCGGGGAACAGCGAGGAGAAGCCCGCUCCAGAGAAGCCCGCAGAUCCGUUCAAGAAGCCCGAUAUCUUUGCGGCGCCGUCCGUGGUGGGGAGACGGAGCGGAGGAGCGGCGGAGAUUGAGAAGGUUAGCCGGGCUGAGAGCUCCUCUCCCGGGCAGGCAGGAGGGUCUGGAGACCGCAGACCUGCUCCAGAAGAUCCAGAGGCUUCAGAAGCUCCAAAAGACCCAGAUGCUCCAGAAGAUCAGGUGCCCACCUCCAAACCACCCGUUCAUCCACCACUUCCUGAAGGGUCAGGUCCAGACCAGAGGCCUCCAGUGAUAGAGAAGAAGCCCCGUGCUGUAGAAGAAAAGCCCACCCACCCCAAACCCAAGCAUGAGGUCAAAGGCCCCAAAAAAGCCCCCAUCAAAGUGCCCCCCUCUGGUAAAUUCCCCCCUCUGCCCUACUCUGAGCCCCCCUGGGCUGGGGUGGCCACUGUACCCUACUCCUUUGAGCUUCUGAAGAAUGGAGCCAUCCUGGACUCCAUCCCUCUGACCCAGCAGAGCUACUUCGUGGUGGGCAGGUUACCUGUGUGUGAUGUGUCCCUGGAGCACCCCUCCAUAUCCCGCUACCAUGCUGUGGUCCAGUACCGGGGUCUUGUGGGGGAAGAGGGUUCUGUGGGAGAGGAGGCCGGGUUCUACGUCUACGACCUGGGCAGCACUCAUGGCACCUUCCUAAAUAAGAACAAGAUCCCACCUAAGACCUACAUCAGACUGAGGGUUGGGCACGUCCUGAAGUUUGGAGGAAGCACCAGGCUCUUCAUUCUUCAGGGUCCCGAGUCUGAUGAGGAAGCAGAGUCUGAGCUGACGGUAACAGAGCUGAGAGAGCGGGCCAGGAAACAGCGAGAAGAGCUGGAGAAGAGAAUGAUGGGAGAUGGAGGUUCUGAUGAUGAUGACGACGACGACGACGACAACAGUGAUAAAGCUGCAAAGAAUGGAGAGCAGGAGUCUUCUAAAAAGAGCUCCCCAGAAGAUACCGGCUGUUCUUGGGGAAUGGGAGAUGAGGCCGCCCCAGAGGAGGAUGAGAACGAGGAAAAUCCAUUCGCCACAGAGUUUCAUGAAGACCAGGAGGCAGCCUACUUGAAAGAUCCUAAAAAAGCUCUGCAGGGCUUCUAUGAUCGUGAAGGAGAAGAACUGGAGUUUGAAUAUGAAGACAAAGGUCAUGGCACGUGGCUCUGCAGAAUCAAGUUGCCAGUGGAUGAUGCAGUGGGCAGGCAGCUGGCCGCUGAGGUCACUCACUCGGGGAAGAAGAAGGAUGCCGCUGUGCAGUGCUGUUUGGAGGCCUGCCGCAUGCUGGAGGCUCGAGGACUACUGAGACAGGAAGCAGUCUCCCGCAAGCGUAAAAAGAAAAACUGGGAGGACGAUGACUAUUACGACAGCGAUGACGACUCGUUCCUGGACAGAACAGGUACAGUGGAGAGGAAGAGGAAGGAGCGCAUGAAGAGGGCCGGCAAGACUGAGGAUCGGCCUGAUACCUACGACUCCCUGGUUUCAAAACUUGCUGAAGUGGAGAAAGAAGUGUCCGAAACAGAGAAGAAACUAAAUUCUUCUGGAAAAGGAGGCUCCAGCUCAUCCACAGAGGAUCCUCUGGAUGCGUUUAUGAGUGCCGUACGCAGUCAGGCAGCUCUGGACGGCGUGGAGCGGAAGAAGCUACACCUGCACGUGGCCGAGCUGAAGAAGGAAAGUCAGCGGCUGCGUAAACUUAUUGAACUGACCAGACCUACGCAGCUGCCCUCCCUGCAGAGCACUCAGUCUUCUGAGUCGGAGAAGCCCAAGAAAUUAGUCCUGCCUCAGUUUGGAGCGAUGAAAGGUGGCAAAAAAUUCAAACUGAAGACAGGAACUAUUGGGACUCUGCCUCCAAAGAGACCCAACUUACCCCCUGAGCUCUUCAACAUGAAAGAACUGCCCCCUGGUGGAGAGGAGGAAGAAGAAGAAGAGGAGGAGGAGGAGGAAGAGACAGAGAAACCAGAGGAAAUGGAGGAGGAGGAGAGCAAAGAUCAGGAUAAAGAAAGCACAGCACAGUCAGAGGGUGAUAUGGAGGCUGAUCAGUCUGAUAAGAUGCUCAGUAAAGAGGAAUCAAACGCUGGACGGCAGUCAGACGACACCUCGUCUCAGAGCCGUAAAGAGAUGGGAGAAUCUCACAGACAAACACAGAAGAAGGCUUCAUCACAUGAUAAUAAAGAAAAGGUUAAAUCAGGUCAUCACUCAGACUCGUCUGCAAAAGGUGAACAACCGCAGCCCCAGAAGAAGAGUGGCAAGAAGAUGAUUGGCCCCAGCAGGCCUCCAAGCACUGUAUCCAAGCAAUACCCAGAGGAUGAUCCUGACUACUGUGUGUGGGUUCCUCCAGCAGGUCAGAGUGGUGACGGUCGGACUCAUCUCAACGACAAGUACGGCUACUGACAGGGGGAUGGACCAGUUUCUUUUCAAGCAGGGUCCACUUCAUCUGAACAACUGAGCACCACAUGGCUACAUUUCCUUUUAGUAAAGAACUCGCUCGCUCGGACGGGUCAAGAAGACUUCAGCCAUUUACGGAUGAGAAGGGCAUUGUGAGCGAGACCUUUUCCGGCAUUCACAGCCUCGGCCAACUGUUUUGCACUUGUAUUGCGCUUUUCCACCUUAGUGCACUUAGUGCACUUCCAGAGGAGAGCUGGACUGGAGUUUAAGGACUGGGGAAAGUAGAGGAUAGUUAGAUUUUGAACAUGUAAGCAAUGAUUAAGGUUAAAAAGGAAAUACAUUUGGAGCUCAGCUCAGAUCAGCUCAGCUUUAAACAUAGACAUGCCAAAAGUCAUGGAACAGGAGUAUUGUAUUGUGUUGAGUAGACUGCUGCACUAAACUGUGGGAUAUGCUUAUUUAGCCUUUUGCAUUUAAUAAUAUUGAUGUGAUGUCUACUAGAGUCUGUUUGCUUGGACAAUUUUAGCCAGAUACCGCCGGUCACGAUCACUACCACCCACUGCAAGGUGUCCCUGCAAAACCUCUGAAGUGGAAUUUCCCGUCCAAGAUCUGCCACCCUCGCUUAAUUUCAGGCUAAUGCUAACUUGUUAACAGCCAGAGAGAGUGUCCUAUUGGGCAGCACAGGCUUCUGUUAGCUGAUGUAUCAGAGCUGGGUUGCUGCACUUUCCUCAGAGUGCUCUGUGAUACUACCCAGUGAUGCAGUGUCUGGCUUUACAUGUAUCAGACGAGUACUAGCAUGUGUUGGCUUCAUUUUUUUUUUUUUAGUGUUUGGGCAUAACUAGUGAUAGAGGGAGUUCAUAUAAAUGAGGAUUGUGUCAUUUUUUCUUCCAAAUUGGGAGACAAAUGGGAUACAAUUAGAUAAAAUGAGAAACAAGUUUUGUGUGUGUGUACAGCUCGGGAAAAAAAAAAUGUUUCUUUGAUUUUACCAAAUUAAAAAACCUCUGGAAUAUAAUCAAGAGGAAGAUGAAUGAUCACAAGCCAUCAAACCAAACUGAAAUGCUUGAAUAGUUGCACCAGGAGUGAGUAGCAUAAAGUUAUCCAAAAGCAGUGUGUAAGACUGGUGGAGGAGAACAUGCCAAGAUGCAUGAAAACUGUGAUUAAAAACCAGGGUUAUUCCACCAAAUAUUAAUUUCUGAACUCUUAAAACUUUAUGAAUAUGAACUUGUUUUCUUUGCAUUAUUUGUGGUCUGAAAGCUCUGUAUUAUUUUAUUUUCUGCAAAUAAAUGCUCUAGCUGAAGAUAUUUUUAUAUGGAAUUUGGGAGAAAUGAUGUCUGUAGUUUAUAGAAUAAAACAGCAAUGUUCGUUUUACUCAUAAACCUAUAAAUAGCAAAAUUAUAGAAAUUACAGUGGUCUCUUAAUUUUUUCCAGAGCUGUAUAUAUCCACCUACUUUUUCGAGAAUGUUUAUUCAUCAUUUAUGAUGAUGAUUGACUUAUUCGAUUAAUAUGGAAUAAGCAUCACAGGCAACCUCUUUAAUGAUUAGAUCACCCCAGGUGCAAGUUAACGCCAGGUGUUUUUAUGGCAUAAGAAACCCUGUUUUGUUUGAACACUGAAAAACAUUGAGGUUUUUGGAUAUAAGUCUUGAUUUAAAUGCUUAAAUGAACAAAUUUAUAACUGGCUUCUUUCAUUAGUACAUUAGCAUAUUCGCAGCAGCUGCUCCUGGGUCAGUUUAACAGGCUUAGUGCAGGUACAUUGUUGACUCAGUGCACUGUCCCGGGUCACUGUGUGUGUGUGUGUGUGUGUGUGUGUGUGUGUGUGUGUGUGUGUGUGUGUGUAACACUAGCCUCGUCGGUGAGUUCACUAAGCCGCAGUGAUCGGAGCAGAGAGUGCUCCUGCUGGAUCUGGCUCUGCGUAUGGCUUGUGUUACCUUUCUGGAGAAAGGGCAGUGAACGGGGGGGCGGGGGUGUAUUCAGCAGCCAUCUGGACACUUGGUCGGCAUUCUGGGAUUGAGAGCAAGCUGUUAAUGAAUCAAGUGGCACAGGCGUGUGUGUGUGUGUGUGUGUUUUUGUGUGUGUGUUGGGGGCAGUGUACCUUAUGUGUACUUGUGUUCCCUUUACGCGAUAUUAAUGAAGAGUGACUCAGCAUUGAGGAGGUGUGUUAGUGAGGUGUGUGUGUGUGUGUGUGUGUGAGAGAGCUGUGUGUGUGUGUGUGUGGUGUUUUGUCUGGGGAAAGAUUAGGGCCUCAUGCAAACUCCUCAACUCUUUCACCUUUGGUUCUCUCCUUCUCUCCUGUUUUUAGACCUCUGAUGUUCUUUUGUUUCGGGCAGAUUAUUAAGUGAGAUGUAUUUUAUAUUUCUGUUCUUUUGUAAAAUAAAUGUAAAUUUAGUUGUGAAGCACA